AUGACACUAGUACGGCUUCAAGCACGAGUGCAGGCCCCAGCCUCUAUCCUCCCCUUACAGCGAGAAGCUUUUAACCUUCUCAGCCGCCGAGCACACCCCAAAGAUUCCAAGCCCGAGCGCGAGGAUCGCUCUGCGCAGCGGGGUUCCGGCGGCACGGAAGGCUCACCCAAACACCCGAUUCCCUCCAACCAGGCACACCCAACUCUUCAAGAUGGCAAAGACUCACCCAUCGCCGACUUUAAGGGCAAUCUGCGGAAGGAUCUUCCAAAAGAUGUGCAGGACCAUAACAAGGAAGUUGAACGCCGAAAGGAUCGGCCACAAAAUCAAUCUCAUAACAGAUGA